AUGGGAUAUGUUGAUGGAAAGAUACAGGCACCCAAUACCAUAGAUCCUAGUUAUGACCAAUGGGAGAUCACCAACUCCCUCAUCAUAGGUUGGUUGAUACAUUCUAUGAUACCUGAGAUUAGAGAAGGCUACUUGUCUAUGGACACUGCCCAAGAUAUUUGGGAGGCUGUAACUACUACUUACUCUAGGAAAGGAAACUUCUCACAGGCUUUCGAGUUACGUCGCUCCAUUGAACAGUCGGUCCAAGGUGAAAUGACUAUCCUCCAGUAUUUUACCUUCCUUAGCAAUGGGUGGAAGCGGCUUGAUCACCUUCAGGAUUAUAAGCCUAUCUGUCCCACUAAUUCUGCUGGUUACCAAGGGUUUGUGGCGCAAGAGCGAGUCUUCAAGUUCUUGGAAGGCCUAAAUGUGGAGUAA